UUGAACAAUUGAUUGUUUGGACAAUGGAGAUAGAUCUUGAAGUGCCUACGAGUGAUCAGGAGAAAUUAGAGUCUGGAGCGAACACAAAUGAGUGUAUCAUGGAUAGCGCUAGUGGAUUGCGCGGUAUUGAUGAGGCUGCAAGUUCUUGUUUGGUUGAAGAGGUUGUUGAAGCGUGUGGGUUGAAUGCAAUUGAGGGUGUUAUUAAUGGUGGGGACAAGGUGGAGGAGAGUGGUGUGGGGGUUGAUGGGGUUGGUGAAGGUGGGAUCUCUUUGCCUCAGAAUGGAUUAAAAUUUGAAACGAAGGAGGCAGCAUAUGCGUUCUAUAGAGAUUAUGCGCUCUCUGUGGGAUUUGGGAUCACUAUAAAAGCUAGUCGUCGUUCAAAAAAGAAUGGGAAAUUUAUUGAUGUGAAAAUUGCUUGUUCUAGAUUUGGAAGCAAGCGGGAGUCAAGUGUGACUGUUAAUCCACGAUCAUGUACAAAGACAGAUUGCAAGGCAGGAAUGCACAUGAAGAGGACAGAAGAUGAGAAAUGGGUUAUAUAUAGUUUUGUAAAGGAGCAUAACCAUGAGAUUUGCAAGGAAGAUUAUGAUAAUGCUACAGGGAGACGAAACAAGCAAUCAGGUGCGGUUGCUCGUCCGAAGAAAGGUUUGCAGUUGGCUUUAGAUGAGGAUGAUGUAAAAGUUAUGCUCGAGUAUUUUAUGUGCAUGCAGGGUGAGAAUUCGACCUUCUUUUAUGCAAUAGAUCUGGAUCAUGAAAAACGUAUGAGAAAUGUGUUCUGGAUUGAUGCAAAAGGCAGACAUGAUUAUCAUAGUUUCUGUGAUGUUGUCUUCUUUGACACCUUUUAUGUUAGCAGCAAAUAUAAGCUUCCUUUCGUUCCUAUUAUUGGAGUGAAUAAUCACUUCCAGUUCGUGUUACUUGGAUGUGCAUUGAUUGGGGAGCAAUCUGCAUCUAGUUUUCUCUGGCUAAUGCACACAUGGCUCAAAGCAGUGGGUGGCCAAGCUCCAAAAGUAAUUAUUACUGAUCAAGAAAGAUUCCUGAAUGAAGCUGUUGUGGAUGUAUUUCCUUACACACGCCACUACUAUAGUUUAUGGCAUGUAUUCAGUAAGAUUCAUGAAAACUUGUCUCCUGUUAUGAAUCAAAGUGAAAUUUUUAUGUUGAAAUUCAACAAAUGUAUUUAUCAGUCUCAGACAGAUGAGCAAUUUGAAAAGAGAUGGUGGAAGAUGGUUGAUAGAUUUGAACUAAGGGAGGAUGAAUGGGUUCACUCAUUGUAUGAAAAUCGUAUAAAAUGGGUCCCAACUUUUAUACGAGAUUUAUCUUUAGCUGGAAUGUCAACAACUGAGCGAUCUGGAAGCGUUGCCUCUUUUUUUGACAAGUACAUUCACAGGGAAGCUGUAUUCAAGGAGUUCAUGGAGCAAUAUAAAGCAUUUUUGGAGGACGGGUAUGAGAUGGAAGCCAAAGCUGAAUUUGAAACACAAAACAAACAGCCUGCAUUGAGGUCUCUCUCAUCUUUUGAGAAACAAGCAUCAACAUUAUAUACAGAUGCCAUUUUCAAGAAAUUCCAGGUUGAGGUUUUGGGAGUAGUUUCAUGUCACCUACAAAAGGAAAGUGAAGAUGACACAACUAUUAACUUUCGAGUUGAUGAUUUUGAAGAACGUCAGAAUUUUCUUGUAUCUUGGAACAAAUCAACAAUGGAUAUUUGUUGUAUAUGUCGUUCUUUUGAAUACAGAGGUUUCUUGUGUAAACACGCAAUCCUUGUUCUUCAAAUGUCUGGUGUUUCCAACAUACCAUCCCGCUACAUAUUGAAGCGGUGGACAAAAGGUGCCAAGAUUAAUCAAGCUGUUGAUAAGAUAUCAAAAAGUCUUCAUUAUAGGGUACAACGUUUCAACGAUUUAUGUAAACAAGCCAUCAAACUGGGCAAAGAGGGUUCUUUAUCUAAAGAAGCUUAUGAUAUUGCUGUUCGGACAUUAGAGGAAGUCUUAGAAAAUUGUGUAGGUCUAAAUAACUCUGUUAAGAGUGUCUUAGAGCCUAACACAUUGGAUGUUCUUGGUUUUCCUGGCUUUGAAGAAGAGAACUGUGAUAACUGUUUGACCAAGUCAUCAAAGAAAAAGAGAACUUACAAGAAAAAAAAGGUAUACUCUGAGGCCGGGGGUAUAAAAAUUGGUUUGCAAGAAAGCUACCAGCAGAUGGACCAGAUUAACUCUAGGGCACACCAUACUGAUAACUGCUACAUUCCUCAGCAGGACACGCAAGAGGUGGAAUUAGGGUCUAGGGCACCAAAUCUUGAAGGCUAUUAUGGCUCUCAAGAAGGCACGCCAGGAGUGGGACAGCUGAACUCAAUUUCGCCAUUCCAUGAUGGUUAUUAUAGCAAUCAACAGGGCUUACCGGUUCUGGGACAGUUGCAUUUGAUACCAACACAUGUUAGUCACUAUGGAGCCCCACUGAGCAUGCAGGGACUGGGUCAGUUGGGCUUCAGAUCACCAACCAUGCAAACUUCUUUCAGUAACUUGCCAGAUUUGGAACAGCCUGUCAGCUCUACGCAAUUUAAUGGCAUCGCAUCAAAGCAUCUACAUGACAAGCACCUCUCCAGUUAACUCUCACAGUAACAUGCGCAUGGAUUUUCAAGAUAUGAGGACAGAUAAGUGAAUCAUCUGUGGAUCCUCAAUAAUUAUCUCAUAUACGUAUUUGUUUGUUCUUUACACUUGUAUAGUGCUGUUGGAAAUGAAAUUUGCCAAUAAGAUGGCAUGAACCUUUCUGUAUUUGACAUAGAUUUGUAUAUUAACCAAUUUAGUUGAAGGCA